AGUAUUUGUGCACUCCGUUUCCUUUGUAUAGAACAGCAGGCAGGAAUUUGACGAAGUCGCUUGCAGAAGCUCUGAUGAGUGCAUGGAUGGAUUGACCGCUUGCAUUUCAGGAGUCUCUGCUGACUGACACUCGAUCGGACGCUUUGCAAACUCGGGUGACCUUUGGCACGAAGAGGCUGCAGGAAGGCAGCACACAAUUGUGAAAGUGUUCAGCCUCAGCAGUGAUUCUGAUUCAUCUUCGUUGGAUCUUCUCGCCUUGACUUGGAGCUCGGAGGCUUGGCACUAUGAUGGCCUCGAAUUGUUCUCGUAUGCUGGAUGUGGACGAGAUCCACGAUUUUGACCACCUGGCAGAGGAGAUAGUAGAACAGCUCAGUGUACAGCAGAAAAGCGAAAAGGCUGUUCGGGAAGAAGUGAAAAAUACCCAUCGAUUUUUGCAGAAGGUUCCGGUGACCGUUCACGACUGGAAAUCAAAAUUGUUGGACAAGGGAAAGCAAAAAGUUGAAGAAUCUGCUAAUGAAGGUAGAUAUGAGGGAAUGAAGAGAAUGGCCUUGGCGGGCAAGUCCUCCACUUUUGGUUCCAAAAUCAGAACUGAGAAGAAAGCUGAUCACGGACCCAACUGGGUGCUGGUGGAUCCUUCAGGAAAUGCUUGCGACUACAGCAGUGACGAUGAUGAUUAACCUGCUUGCCCUGAGCAACGGACUCCUCACCUAAUCUCGUAAUGCGAUCGACUUGGUCUAACAUAUUCCCAUUUGGCUGUUGGCUUCCACCAACCAAAAACAGGGGGAUAACUUUUCAGCAACACCUGCAGAUUUGACAAUAUUUAGUUCCUCAACUGCAUCAUCGGG